AUGGCGACGGGUGUGCAGAUGCUCGUGACUACGACGGCGGUCUUGGUACUGCGCUUGAGCUUCGCUGCCGCCGGCGGUGACGUCUUCUCCAAAGAGAUUCAGACUCUAACAUGCAAGAGUACGACAGGCUCUCAAAGAGAAGUUCAAAUUGGGGCGGAUGGAGAGGUUGCGGUUCUCACAGAAGGGCACGCCACGUUACCAGGCUCCAAGAUAAAACUGGAGUGCCCAGCAAGAAACCAUACCUUCGACCCCGAGCUUCAAUCCCUUGGUGGCAAAACGGAAGAUAAAAAGAGAAUAGAGUCGGUCUACGUGGACUUAAAGAUCAACACAUCUGAGCCGUUGCAAACUGCGAUUCGAGGCGCAACAGGGACGACAGACGGUGCACCCAGCAACGACAACACAACAGUGACUCUGACUUUUCCGCAGCUGCCGAAUACACAGAAUACGAUCUACAUACGCUGCAAACCGACUACUGCUGGAGAACCCCUAGACACUGACAGCGCAGACGUGGGAGGAGAUGCGAAGAAGGUCUGCGUUUUUGCAGUGACGGUGACACCACCACUCCCACAAGGUCCACAAUCGUGCGCCGUUCCGGGCAGCGUCGUUUUGGGAAUCCCAGGUGAGGGAGACACGACGCAGUUUAGCUGUGGAUCCGAAAUGAAGCUGAGCCAGACAGAUGAAAAGAAGGUCUAUUCGAAUGACUGCAUAACUUAA